GGGAGUCAUUACACCUGAAUCGCGCUAUGCUGAUAAGCCUGUUUGGUGGUUGUAUACAGUUAAAGCGGAGAUAAAAGAGCGAUUGAUGCGGUUUGUGUACGGUUAUCGCCGUUCAAGACUAAUGAGUAACGUUUUCUUUCACAGUGGACGUAUGGAGGGGCUACAAGACAGACAGAGCUUGUCAAGCAAAGGAAACCGGGAACCGGGUGUGUGAAUCCCAGGUUUGCAAUCAAAAGAGAGUUUCCUCUUAGAACAAAUCAAUGCAACAGCGCAAAAUGUCUAUCCUGCUCUUCCUGCGGUAAUGCUGAAAACAACUGUUUACUGCAGAACAAAUCGACGUCGAGAACUACGAUGUGAUGACUUCCAAUUUGAAUCUCUCAGUGAACACACGUCUGUUUUCCCAACCGAAGAUGAAUUCGACAACGGGCAGCAACAUCAGUGUAACCAGAAACGAAAGUGUUUAUGCCGCUUGCACGGCAAAAAACCCUUGCACUUAUGAAGAUUUAACUUUUUUGCCAGGAAUGACAAUACUUUUUGAUAUAUUGUAUAUCAUUAUCAUCAUCUUCGCGGUCAUAGGAAAUGUACUAGUUAUCUUAACUGUAUACAGGAACAAAGGAAUGCACACGGUGCCAAAUGUGCAUUUAGUCAAUCUAGCCAUUACCGACCUCUUGGUAGCAAUGUUUGUGAUGCCGCUAAAACUCAUAGAAUAUGGAGCCGCUAGAGAUGUCAACGUCUUUGUGGAUGGAGUGUGUUCUGCCAUGACAUAUACACUGCCAAUUUUCGUCUUUGCUGGUGUUUAUACCCUUGUCACCUUAUCUAUUGAAAGGUAUUACGCCAUUGUCCAUCCGUUUCGCUCUUUGAAGAUAAAUACAGUUUCACGAACAAUCAAACUUAUGGCAGGAAUAUGGUUGACUGCCUUUGUCAUACCAGUCCCUUUUCUGAUCAACAGUAAAAGAUAUCCAGUCGUUCAUAGUAGCCAACACGGCUUGGUGUCAAGGGUUAGGUGUGAUAAUGAUUUUGAAGAAAUUGAUGCCCAACUCGGUGCCCCCAAGGAAAGCUUCCGAACCGGAUUCUACAGUGUUCUUUGUUUAAUCAAUUUUGUCAUCCCAACGGUCAUCCUGGUGUACACUUCUGUACGCAUCACGGUGGUGCUUCUGAAAACAAGAAAAUCGGACCAUGUUGUUAUACGGCGACAUAACACUCUACAAAGACGAGAAGUUGGAAAGCGCAAGGUUGCCAAAAUGGUCGUUGUGAUAACAGCUGCAUUCAUUAUCUCCUGGUUCCCGUUCUACUUGGUCAACAUAUUAAGUAUUACAAAAGCUGUGGACUUUCAAGGCGGCCAAUUUUAUUUCACAAUGCUUUUUGUGCAUUUAAUGGCUUUCGUGAACUCCGUCGUCACUCCUGUUAUAUUCACGGCUAUGAGCAGUAACUUCAGAAGAAAGUGUUUUAAUAUAAUUUCUAAUAUAUUCUUUUGCUGUCGCUAUUAUUCGAUGCUCAAAAAGGCAAGAAGUACGUCCAAACUCUCAAGGACUGUUGAUACAGGCGUGCACAUGCAAACUGGCGAGAGCUCGCUCAAAGGAGAUCAGGUGAUCGUCAAUUUGAAAACCUUUGAAACCCAAAACAAAGAAGCAGUUUCGGAGCACUGCUCCUCUGAAGUGUCCAUAACCGAGCCGUCCAGCUCCACGUCUGCAAGUGCAAAUUUUUAUCCGAAACGUUUCGCCAAGCCCACGCUCUCUUAUUCAGGGCCAUCAGACUUGAAAGAAUACAAAAAGUACCUGAGAAAAUUAUCCAAAACCUCUGCAGCUGGUUCGGUAAAUUCGUUGACAGACCUUAAUGACAAAUUAAUACUUGGUAAACUUGGAAGAAAAAAGAAAAUAUCGACUGUUUCGCUCCCUCCGGGAACUCCGAAAUUGAGUCAGGCAGACCUUGAAAAUUGGCGUGGAAGCCUUAACUGCCUUUUGGACAUUCGACUAGCAGAUGAAAAGAAAGCCAAAGAUGAUAUCUCUGGUGAUCCUUUACAUUUAGACUGGGACAAUUCGGUUGAUUUGGAAAAUGCCAAAGUCGAGGAAGAAAAGCUUAAAAAUAGCGACAGUCAGAAUGAUACUGAGUCUGAACUCAGCAGCUUACCUAAUUUCGAAAAGCAAGAAAGCCUCUCUACCAUCACCCCAGACACAGAAGCCAUUUACUUUCCAAGUACGAGAGAACCAAAUGACACGUCUAAAAACAUUUUGAAUGCCGAUGAACCAAAGGAUCUUUCAGUCAGUAUUUCAAAUACACCUGACCAACAGGGAGUUUCUAACAGCUCAUCGAACGAUGACGAAGACGAGAAAAACCACAAAUCAAGCCAAAAAGAAGGAAAUUUGUCAUCAAGUGUAAAUGUAGCCAAGGGGAAAAUUGGCAAACAUGAAAUCAUUGGCCCCCGCGAUUCUGGAAUAUUUUCUGCUACCCCAAGCGAAUCUGGAAAAAGUACUCCGAGACUUUUACCGGAAUUUACGAGAGAUCAGCCUAGAGGCGGUCUAGAUAACCAGACGGUGCCACAAAAGACGGAUGAAUUACACGAGAAGACAGACAUAGAUAAACCCACCACCGAAACUAACAGUCAGUCAUCAUUGCUUUCUGCUGAUGAGUUCAAAGAAAUCGGAGCAGGCAUAACAAACAGCUUCGGUUCACAAUAUUCUCGUCAUCUGGGACCCGACUAUGUUGAGAUACCAACAGAUAAGGGAAAUUGUGCGCAAACAAAUUUCCGAGAACUUAAUAAAGAUGAAGAUUCUAAGGAGCAAAACAUGCGACACUCCUUUAUCCCUCAGAUAUUAGUCCACAGUCCGGAAACUGAAGAAUUAUCAACGGGACCAGCUCAAGUCUCAAUGUCAGAGUUUCAGGCGCAGAAUCCCUCAGAUUCUCCAACAAACGAUAAUUUGCACGCUAAUCAUUCACCAUCAAAUUACAGGUGUGACAUUUUAGAACAAAACCCGCCGGUCCCAAGGAGUGUAGAUACAUCUGUCUCCAAACAAGUCAAAAUUCCUUUAAGGUACAAGGGCUACACAAGAGUCGACGCCAAUGGAAAACCAAUUUACAUAACUGUUAAUCGUGAUGUUGCAUUCUCUACCACUUACGGACUUUCUGCCAAGCACGUUCGCAAAAGACAUCGGAACAACAGUUGCAGCCAAAUGUCAAGGCACAAUCGAACAAAGUUUGCUGCGGAUAAGAAAAGAGAAUUACCUUGCAUCGAAAACCUUUUGCUCCAAAAGAGCGAAAAACGCCAAUCCGAUAUAGCCAUUUCCUCGCCCUUGGCAACCCCAGGGUUAAAGCAGUCACACUUUCUUUGUACCGGCCAAAGCAACCCUUCAUUUUGUAGCAGCGAGGAAGACCUUCCACGCGCUCAGUGUCAAACAGGGAGUUUGACAAACAGUUUACGGUCCAGAUCUGCCCACAAUCUCGGGGAAUAUUAUAAUGAAUAUACUGAAGAGCUGGAUGAUGGAGCCUGUGACGCGAAAGUUGAUCCCAAUAUCAAAAAACAAGUACCACGACAUAAAGAGGAUCGACCAAAUAUAACAAUAAAUGUUAUUCUACCCAGCGCCCCUCAUGGAAUUGGAAAUUUCGAAACAGAGCAAAGGAGCCUUUUGUCUUCACAGCGCAUCAGUGUUAGCGCAUCUAAAUUGCUUGAGGAUCUUUUUGCCUCUGAUAACCUACUUUAUAAUGGAAAUGAUGACGUGAAGUCUGUUGAUGCAGUUGCAGACGUUACUCAUACGGCUGCAACUGGAGAAUCUCAAAUGUUUGAUUGGCAAUUACCAUCAACUCCAAAAAGGAGGAGCAGCUCAAGUGAUAGUAUUCAUAAGAUAGGGUUUCCAAAACAGUUGCAUCAAGGUGCUUUUGCCCCUGUCAGUAUGUCUAGAGGUCGGCAACCGCCAAUGGCGACACAAAUAUCAACACCUACCGCAAAGAACCCAAUCCGACGAUCGUCAAGGACUUUAGAUAUCGAUACAGAAGUGCCCUAUCUUACAAGUAGUAGGUCUUGCGGAAUAUUACCAGACCCAGCUUUUUCAAAAAGGUUUGACGACCCAUUUGAUAUUAAUCCUGUUCUCUCAACUCACUCGGGAAGUGGUGACAUCCAGAGGGUCAAUCGACGGAAGGUUACUCCAGUAUUGCAAGAAGCUGCUGCCAGGUUGCAGAACUUGGCAACCAACCAGAAUGAAUUGUGUAGCACAAGGAACGCUUUUGUUAGAAAGCCGGUGGUGAAUAAGCCAGUGCCUCUCGCAAAACCUUUUCUGGAAACACAGAUCGGUUUAUAUACAAAACCAACGGAAGUUUGA